CAAGUUGAUCCAUCAACAAUUGUUUCUGUUUGUUACUGUAAUGGAUUAGAUCAAGUCUUUGAUUUCCCCAAAGAAAUGGGUGAGCUUGAGGUUCAAUUGGUCACAAGGAUUUCCAGCACAACUUAUCAAUAUUUGUGGAUACUUGAAGCUCUUUGUUCAUUUGAAACAAGAAUUUUCAAUUUCCAAGUUGAUCCAUCAACAAUUUUUCUCUUCUACUUCACAAUUGACUCCCAAAGUAAUUAAGAUACUCAAAGAAUGGCAUGUGAAUUUAUUGCCUCUGGUGCUGCCAAUGCUGUAGGAAACAUCACAACAGAAUAUGCAUCACCUUAUGUUAGUUACUUUUUCCAAUUUGGGAAAAUUGUUGAAGAAUUCAAGAAUCGGAGAAAAGAACUUGAAUUGAAAAGUGAUCGGGUAAAAAAUGAUGUCGAAGAGGCUAUAAGGCAAAAUGAGGUAAUUGAGAAGGAUGUCCAAGACUGGCGAAAAAGGGCAGAGAAAGAACUGGAAGAAACCCAGUGUUUGGAAGCUCAAAUAGAACGUAUGAAGUGUUUCAAUUGGUGUCCAAGUUGGGGUUGGCGAUAUUGCUUAAGUAAGAAAGUGGCAAAGAAGACGAUCUCUAUCGAUAAACUUCUUGUGAGUUGUAACUUUCCACGGGUGGGCCACCGUGCUCCUCUAGAAGGAAUAGAAUUCUUCCCCUCUAAAAAUUUCAUGCCUAAUGAGUCUCCAAAGUUUACUUUCAAUGAGAUCAUCAAGGCUCUAAAUACUGAUGGUGUGAACAUGAUUGGAUUGUAUGGAAUGCCAGGGGUGGGCAAAACAACUUUGGCAAAAGAAGUUGGGAAGCAUGCUAAAGAGCAGAAGCUCUUUGACAAAGUUGUGAUGGCUACAAUGUCCCAAACUCCAAACAGACAAAUUCAAGAUAAAAUAGCAGAAUUAUUAAGUUUGAAAUUUAAAGCAAGCACGCCAGAAGGAAAAGCAGAAGAGUUACAUCAGAGAUUGCUAGGCGUGGAGAAGAUCCUCGUAAUUAUCGAUGAUGUUUGGAAUGAAUUUAAGUUGCUGACUGUAGGUAUUCCUUUCGGUGUUGAACACGGAGGUUGCAAAAUGCUUCUGACCACACGUCUUCAACAAGUCUGUGUUCGUAUGAAUUGUCAACAGAAAUUUCAACUUGACAUCUUAUCCAAAGAUGAAGCAUGGGCUUUGUUCAAAGAUACUGCUGGUCUAAAAGAUGUUUCUUCGAGAUUGAAUGAUGUAGCCAAGGAGGUUGCUCGUGAAUGCAAGGGUUUGCCUCUUGCAAUUGUAACAAUCGGAAAAGCUUUAAAAGGUGCAAGUCUAGAUGGGUGGAAAGCAGCAAAUAAGCGACUCAAGGACUCAAGACAUUUAGACAAUGAAGAGGUUUCUCAAGGUAUCUACAACUGCCUUAAACUGAGUUAUGAUUAUUUGACGGGAGAUAAUAUUCGAACAUGUUUAUUGCUGUGUUCCCUUUUUCCAGAAGAUUGGCUUAUUAAGAUUGAGGAGUUGGUUAUGUUUGCAAUUGGUUAUGGAUUAUUUUCUCAUAUUUCCUCAAUUGAAGACGUGCGGAUAGAAAUUCGUGAAGCACUAGCAAACCUCCACGAGUCUGGUUUGUUAUUGAGAACUGGUUAUGAAAGAUACGUAAGCAUGCAUGACGUAGUUCGUGAUUUUGCUCAUUGGAUAGCAUCUACAGAGGAAAAUAUAUUCAUGGUAAAAGAGGGGUUGAUGGAAUUGCCUACAAGUGAAAGUUGUGGAUCUCAUACAGCAAUCUCCCUUUGGAACAGCAACAUAAAUUUUUUUCCUGAAAAAUUAGAAUUUCCAGAACUCAAAAUUUUGAUUUUUACAGGAAAGACUUUAGUGAAAGUUCCGAUUGCAUUUGUUGAAGGAAUGAAAGCCCUCCGAGUUUUGCAUCUCGAAAAUGUCAUUUUCUCACUAGAAGUACUUAAUUUGGUAACAAAUCUUCGAACUCUGUGCCUUGUAAAUUGCGAGUUGGAGAACAUCUCAUCAGUGGGAAAUUUGAAAAACCUUGAGAUUCUUGCAUUUUCUGGUACUAAUAUUUAUGAGUUACCUGAAGAAUUAGUGGCAUUGCGUGGCCUAAAAUCGCUACAUUUUUUUGACUCUGGAAGAGAACAGAUCAAUUUUCCCCCUAAUUUACUAUCAAGGUUGACAUCACUCCAAGAACUAUACGUGAUAUGUAAAAACAAUGUUGACUUAUCGGAGCUGAAUUCAUUGUCUCGUUUGACUGUGCUGUCACUGAGGGUUUCUACUGCUCAAUGUUUUCCAGAAAACUUUGUGUUCCCUAAACUACAAAGCUACAUUAUAGUUGUAGAUAAAGAUGUUGAAUUUAUGCAGGGGCCAAGCUUUAGAACCUUGGAAAUUAUUGACUCAACUUCAUUAAGUGCAUACAACGAGUUGUUCUGCAAUGUGGAAAAGUUGGCUCUGGAGAAUGUCAUGGGACACAAAAAUAUUGUCCCAAACGUAGAUCCUGAGGGUCUAAAUGCAAGCCUCCAAAGUCUAAAGAAUGCAACCAUUCGGAAGUGCAGUGAAUUGAAAUCCAUCUUCCCGCCUUGCCUUGCUCAAAGUUUGUUGCAUCUACAAGAACUUGAAAUAUCUGAGUGCGAUAGAUUAGAACAAGUCUUUGAUUUUCCCCAAGAAGUGGGAGAGCUUGAGGUACGACCACUCUCUAAUUUAACUUCUUUGAAGCUAAACUCAUUACCAGAACUAAAGUGGAUAUGGAAAGGGCCAACCCAUCUUGUUAACCUCCAAAGUCUUAAGACUAUGAUGAUAUGGGGGUGUGGGCAACUGGCAUAUCUCUUUUCGACUCCCCUUGCUCAAAGUUUGGUGCAUCUGGAAGUACUCGUAAUAAGCCAUUGCAACUCUUUGGAACAUGUAAUCUUUGAUGAAGCAGAAAAUGAGAUCUUCAAUAUGACAAAGGAUAAGGAUGGACGUCCACCGCAAGACAUUGUGCUACAGAGAUUGCAAAUUUUAAGACUUUCAAGUUUAGAGAAGUUGAGUAGUUUUUGUCCAGAAAAUUUUGUCAUGUCAUUAUCUUUGAAGGCGUUCGAAGUUUGCAAUUGUCCCCAAUUAACAGAGUUCAAGACGUUGCAGGCCCAUUUAAAGGUUCUAGUUAUACUCAACUUGAUUGUUUAA